AUGCUACCGGCCGGCUCGGGAAACCACUGCUCGGCCAUGCUGGUUGUUCUCGGGCUGGCCUACCUGCUCCUAGUGCGGUCCAUGCGACACCAGCGCGCCUCCAGCAUCGGCGCCGCUUUCGCGCACGGAAAGAGGCCCCUGUCAAGCAUGACGACAGACGAGGCGUACGACAUCAUGGCCCAGCUGCAAGAGCUCGAGUUCCCCUACGCCAUGAACAAGGCCCGCAGAAUUGCGUUGCUCAAGGCCGGCGCGAUCCCGACCAUGUCCCGGCUGUUCGCGGCCACGGGGCAAAACACGAGACGCAACGCCGGGCGGCGGUCCGUCGACACCGAGAUCCUGCUGCGCGAGGUGCAGUCCAAGCCGCGCUCGUCAGAGCGCUACAUGCAGGCGGUGGCGCGCAUGAACUUUCUGCACGCGCGGUACCGCAAGGCCGGCAAGAUCCUCGACGCCGACCUGCUGCACACGUUAGGGUCCAACGUGGUGGAGAUGUUCCGCAUUGUUGAUGGCGGCGAGUGGCGCAGCCUCACAGACGUCGAGCGCUGUGCCAUCGGCAUCUUCCACCGCCACCUCGGCGAAGACAUGGGCAUCCCGCUGGACGCGCUGCCGUCGGGCGCGGGCGGCGGCUGGCGCGACGGCGCCCACUUCGCCGCCGAGCUGAGGGACUGGACCGUCGCCUACGAGGAGGCCGUCGCCCGCCCCGUGCCGACUGGUAACCAGUACGUCCGCGUCUACGUCGACUCGGCCACGUCGGCCAUGCCCCGUGCCGUCACCACGCUCGUGCGCAAGAUCCUGGGCUCCAACCUCGACACGACGAUGCGGACGUCGCUCAACCUCGAACCGCCGGGGCCCGUCCUCGUGCUGUACCUGGAAACACUCGGCCUGGUGCGCAAGCUGGUGCUGCGGCACCUCUGCCUGCCGCGGCCGUCGUCCUGGGCCGUCAAGGCCGUCGACGAGCAGCCGAACCCCGCGACGGGGCUGUACAACUUCGAGCACGCCGGGUUCCAACCGUGGUACGUCAAGCCGACGUUUGGCGCCAGGUGGCGGCCGUCGGCGCUGCUCGUGCGCGCGCUCGGCGGCAGGGCGCCCGGCACCCACGGCGAGAGGUUCCACCCGCAAGGCUACUCGCUCGAGACCAUCGGGCCGGCGCCGCAGGAGGGCAAGGGGUUGGAGGAAAUGAGUGCCACGGUGGAGUUCAUGAAGGGGCGGGGGUCUGCCAAGUGUCCGUUUGCGCAGAAAUAG